AUGACUGAAAAUAAUAAUAUUGAAUUAGUGCUAAAGCAACAGAAUGUGAUUGAUUCAUGUUCAGAAUGUCCAAUUAUCACUUAUGAGAUUGCGAAAAAAUUGGGUUUCGAAAAAGAUAAAAGUUUACCCAACAUUACCGAUAAAGUGGUAUCUGAUAUUGUUAAGCAAGUAUCGG